AGAGACGCGACAUGUAAUGGCCACAUUAAAAGGAUGCUCGCCGCCAGUAGGAAGUCCCGGGGAUCAGAUGGAGCCGCUGCCAGUCAGAGGCAGAUAGGUUUCAAAGGGGGCUGCCUGCGGCUGGACACAGCGCCUUCACGCCUCCAAGCAUCCAGGACUUCAUCGGAACCAUGCGCGUCAGGAAAUAUGGGAAGAUAACGGAUCGGAGAGACCUCGGGUUCCGGCGUUAUGGAUUUUGACACGCAUCAGUCCUCACGGCGCAUGCGCGCUGGCACGUCCCCGCCCUCUACCUGAGAGGUGCGCACCUGGAUCCAACGAGACGGAAGUUUUGCGAGCAAAUCCUUUCUUGUCUCCGCGAAACGUUGUUCGUAAUCUGGACUUCAAGCAACCGAUGGAGCGUUUUCUGACGAAGCAGGAUGCCGACUGCCGGUUUCUCCAACGUUAACGUGUAGUUCAACGACUCAUGCUGUGUCUUAAUCCAACGCCAGCCUGCUCUCUAUACAAUAAGAAUGACAACCCUCCGCAGGGUCCUCAGGAGGCGCCUGCACCCCCUCAAAGUGGUGAUAGUGGGCAUUGUGUUUGUCACCUUUGUGUUCCUCAUCCAAUGGGAAGUGGGGAGCCAGGGCCAACAGGAGGACCCGCUGCUGAAGAAGAUGUCCGUCAACCAGGGUAACGUGCUCGACUUCAGGGACGGACCGCCAAAGAUGCAGAUCAGACCCCCGGUGCGCCAGCCGGACCACGGCGACGGCGCCAGGGCCUGUCUGCCGGGCCACUACACCGCAGCCGAGCUCAGGCCGGCGCUGGAGCGGCCGCCCCAGGACCCUCGGGCCCCGGGGGCCGCCGGGAAGCCCUUCGUCACGGACUCGCUGAGCCCCGACGAGCAGAAAGAGAAGGAGAGGGGGGAAGAGAAGCACUGUUUCAACCUGUACGCCAGCGACCGCAUCUCCUUAAGCCGGGACCUGGGAGCAGACACAAGACCUCCAGAAUGCAUCGAGCGGACCUUCAAGCGGUGCCCCCCUCUGCCGACCACCAGCGUGAUCGUGGUGUUCCACAACGAGGCCUGGAGCACCCUGCUAAGGACGGUGUACAGUGUCCUCCACACGUCCCCCGCCAUUCUCCUCAAGGAGAUCAUCCUGGUGGACGACGCCAGCGUGGACGAUGUGCUGAAGGAUGAGCUGGAUGAAUAUUUGAAGCCGCUGAAAAUCGUGCGCGUGGUCCGCCAGCGCGAGCGUAAAGGCCUGAUCACGGCGCGGCUGCUGGGCGCCUCCGUGGCCACGGGUGACACGCUCACCUUCCUGGAUGCUCACUGUGAGUGUUUUAAUGGAUGGCUGGAGCCUCUGCUAGCCAGGAUAGCAGAAAACUACACGGCAGUAGUCAGCCCUGACAUCUCCUCUAUUGAUCUCAACACUUUCGAGUUCAUGAAACCAUCCCCGUAUGGCCAGAACCACAACCGGGGCAACUUUGACUGGAGCCUCGCUUUUGGCUGGGAAGGUCUCCCAGAACACGAGAAGCAAAGGAGGAAGGACGAGACCUACCCCAUCAAGACGCCCACGUUUGCUGGAGGCCUCUUCUCCAUCUCAAAAGAAUAUUUCUACCGUAUUGGAAGCUACGAUGAGCAAAUGGAAAUCUGGGGUGGCGAGAAUAUUGAAAUGUCAUUUAGGGUGUGGCAGUGUGGAGGACAACUGGAAAUCAUCCCCUGCUCCAUCGUGGGGCACGUCUUCCGCACCAAAAGCCCCCACACCUUCCCCAAGGGGACGCAGGUCAUCGCUCGCAACCAGGUGCGACUGGCUGAGGUGUGGAUGGACGAGUACAAGGAGAUCUUCUACCGUCGGAACCAGCAAGCCGGACAGAUUGCGAGAGAUGGGGCCUUCGGAGACAUCUCCAAGCGCCUGAAUCUCCGUGCGCAGCUGCAGUGCAAGGACUUCUCCUGGUAUUUGAAGAACAUUUAUCCAGAAGUCUUCAUGCCUGACCUCAGCCCUCUCCGCUUUGGCUCGGUAAAAAAUGUGGGCAGAGACUCCUGUCUGGAUGCUGGGGAGAACAACGAGGGUGGGAAACAGCUGAUCAUGUACCCAUGUCAUGGACUGGGAGGAAACCAGUACUUUGAGUUCUCAACACAUCACGAGAUAAGACACAACAUACAGAAGGAGCUGUGUUUGCAAGGGGCCGAGGGGGACGUGAAGCUGGAGGAAUGCCAGUACAAAGGCAGGGACACCUUUGUGGGAGCCAAUCAGAAAUGGCAGCUGAAAGAGAACCAGUUAUUCUUCAUCCCAGCGCUGAACAUGUGUCUGAGCGCCCGCCGUGAGCAUCCCACCCUGGUCACCUGCGACCCCUCGGACAGAUUCCAGCUCUGGGCCUUCAUCUGAGUCCCAGCAUCCACUGUGCCAACAGCUUCUCUGUGCGCAUAGACAUAGUGUACUAGGACAUGGACUAGACUGUGCACAGGUAACAAGCGUGUUUUUUUUAGAUGAAUGAUAUUGAGAUUUAAUUUAUUUCUACACUUAGAAGAACUGAACCUCUGCUGGUCAUAGCUGGAAGAACGUCGUCGUUCCCAACCAUGAACUGAAAUUAUUGGAGCAGCGAAGACAGGCUGUGUUGACAAGUGCCUUUUUUGUCUUUGAAAUAUUUUCACGGCUCAAAGUCAAAGUAAUCUCAUCAGCGAGAUGUAAACGUUGGUCGCGUAAAAAUCGGAAAUGUUAAGCACCAAAGAGACGAAAGGGGGAAAAUCUGAUGAUGUGCAUUUUUUAGCUGAAUGUUUUUAGGAAAUCUUUUUGGGGAUGGAGCGGCUGUUUUGCUGUUGUUACGAUGUGUUUAGAUUUUUUUAAUUAACUUAAAAUCGUAAUUGACAUUAACAUAUAAAUUGUUUCCUUUGAGGGACACAAAGGGAAGUAAAGGGAGAAGCACGAUCAUUUUAACAGCUUGGAUAAAUGCGACGUUUGACAUUUAAAAUUUAUUUAAAUGCAAGAAGCAUCAUGAGUGCUUUUAAAUUGUUAAAACUUUAUUUAGUUUUAAGUAAAACAUGUUCUAGCAUUUUUAAACCAGCGUUCAGUGUAAUUUCUACAACCCAGGAAAUCUGGCUGAAAGUCUCCCUUUACAAACUAAUAUCUGGUGCAGGCACUGGUGUUUAGAAGGCUGUGGAACAUUGUAAUUGACUUUAUGUUUGCGACUGUGUAAGAAACAAAUUGAAUUGUGGUGUUUUCUACGAAAGGAAACCGUUUAAGCCUUAAUGUGACUGAAUAAAAUCAGUUGGAUAGAA